AGGAUGUGUGACUUACGCCGUUUCCUUUCCGACGUUAUAAAAAGGCCAUGCCGGCCCGGCGGUCCUCUGAGGCUGGUUCUCGGGGCGCCGCGGCUUCGGGGGGGUGAAAGGGGGUUCAGCUGGCUCUCUGGCCCCCUCCCCACCUGCGGGCAGGGAUAGCACCUUGCAGGCGGCUCCAGGAAAGACCCUGCGGGACAGGGGGGCGCGAUGGCCGGUCCACGCGACCAGAGCGACGUGCGCGAGUUCACGCGCCACUCCGGCGACGUCCUGAUGAACCUGAAUGAGCUCCGGAAGCGCCACAUCCUCACGGACGUCACCUUGCGGGUGGGGGGGUGCCCUCUGCAGGCCCACAAAGCCGUCCUCACCGCCUGCAGUGGGUUUUUCUACUCCAUCUUCCUGGGCCAGGGGGGCCACGAGGUCAGCGUGCUCACCUUGCCCAGCUCCAUCGAGCCCGCCGGGUUCCAGGCCCUCCUCGACUUCAUGUACACGUCCCGCCUGAUCCUCACGCCGGGCACCGUGCCCGCGGUUCUGGCUGCCGCCUCUUACCUGCAGAUGGAGCACGUGGUGGAGAGUUGCCAUCGCUUCAUCCAGGCCAGCUACGACCGGGUGACCUUCUUCCUCACCCCCCCGGCGCCCACCUUCCUCCGCCACAAACCCCUGGAAGACGCCGGGGGGUCCCUCGCACCCAGUUUCCCACGGCAGGGGCAAGAGGAACCCCCCACCACCGCCUCCGGCUGCCCUCUGCCAGUUCCCUACUGCCCUAAGGACAAGGAAUUGGGGUCUGCGAUGUCGCCAGGGGCCGGGGACCAGUCUCCUCCGGGCCAGCCGGCCUCCCCCCGCGAGUCCAGCGGCUGCGCCCCCCCAGGCGCGGACCCCAAAGCCUGCCACUGGAAGAAGUACCGCUUCAUCGUCCUCAACUCUAUGCUGCGCGAGGGGAGGCCGGACCCCCCCGAAUCGCACGGCCAGGCCGGCCGGGAUGGAGACCCCGGGGACAGGAGCCUCCUUCACAGGCUGCCUUCCUCUCAGCCCCACUGCUCCGCCUGCAACCAGCCAGCCCCCCUGCUUUGCUCCCACCCUCCAGAGGACGCUUCCAUGGGGCAGGGAGACCCCUGCGUUUCUGGGGCUGGCCCUUACGACUGCAGUGCCUGUGACUUAGGAUACCUGGAGGAAGACGAAGAAGAGGGGGAAGGAGGAGGAGGAGGAGGAGGAGGAAGCAGCCCCCCAGCCUCAGGAAGCGCCCUUGAGGAGAAGCCGUACAAAUGCCAUUUCUGCAACUCGGCCUUCCGCUACAAAGGGAACCUCGCAAGCCACAGAUCUCUGCAUACCGGAGAGAAGCCGUACCACUGUGGGAUUUGCGGCGCCCAGUUCAACCGCCCGGCGAAUCUCAAGACUCACCUGCGUAUCCACUCCGGGGAGAAGCCCUACAAGUGUGAGACCUGCGGAUCUCGUUUUGUGCAGGUCGCUCACUUGAGGGCCCACGUCCUGAUCCACACCGGGGAGAAGCCCUACCCGUGUGGGACGUGCGGGACUCGAUUUCGGCACCUCCAGACCCUGAAGAGCCACAUCCGUAUCCACACGGGAGAGAAGCCUUACCACUGUGAGAAAUGCGACGUCCGCUUCCGCCACAAGAGCCAGCUGCGGCUGCACCUGCGGCAGAAACACGGCGCCGUCACCAACACCAAGAUCCGCUACAAAGUCCUCGAAGGCCCUUACGCCGGUCUCUGCUGAGCGGGGA